AUGCUUGAGGAGUGCGCCGACGACUCAGUGUGGAAGCAACCCACCCAAAACAUUGAUGCAGAUGCAGGAUCUCCAGGAUCUCCAGGAUCUCCAGGAUCUCCAGGAUCUCAGGAUAAGGACUCUGGCUUGGGUGGAACAACCAGCUCAUCAGAUGAAGAAAGCGGCUGUGCGGUUAGCCCUGGAGUUCCUAACUACCUCCAGCCCAGCAAUCCAUCUACGGCUCCAGACCGAUUGUCUCUAAGCCGUACCAACUCCCAGUCUCACCUUGAUCAUCAGCGCCUCAUUGAUAGCCUCGCGACCUUCCGAGAGACCUUGGUAGCAAAUCACGUGCAGACCUUGUCGAUUUUGGAUGUGGAGCUUGAUAAGGUGAAGAAUGGCUUGGCUGCAGCAGAAGUCACUGCCAUGUCUCUUGCGUCAAAAUCUGCAUCCAAAUCCAGCAGCAGCAAAGAGGUAAAAGUCAAGCUGCCAGGAGCCCUUGCGGCAAGUGCUGAAGAUCCUCCAGGUGUUGAACCAAAGCCGGAUGAGCUGCACCAAGCUCCCUUCACUCAUUUUCAGAGUUUAGACAAGCAACGGAAGCGACGCAUGUCAUGGAUCCCCAAGACUGGUGGUGGAAGCGAUGGACACCUAUCUCAGGAAUUGGCAGGCUUUCCAAACGUGCCACAAGUGGAUAAGAUUGAGGAAGAGCUGCCAGGCCCAGUGGUAGCCCACCUUACGAGAGAAGAGAAGUCCAAGGCCAAAAAGGAAGCAGAAGACUACCAGGAAGCUGGAAUGCUGUCGCAUUUCAACGCAGAGCUUGCCAAAGAGGCUAUCAGAAAAAGAGCAGCCGAAGAAUUUGAGAUGCCCAGUGAGGUUUUGAAGGCUGAUGGGUUACUUCCCAAAAUUGCACGGCAUCAUCUGUUUGGGUCGACGACAAUGUGCGUGAUCUUCCUCAACGCAAUUUGGAUUUCAAUUGACAUUGAGUUCAAUGAUGCUGUCAUCAUUAGUGAAGCCGAUUGGAGCUUCAUCAUGGUGGAGAAUUUGUUUUGCACGUAUUUUACCGUGGAACUGCUGAUCCGCUUUGGCGCAUACAAGCGCACUUGCAAUGCAUUGAAAGAUGCUUGGUUCCUGUUCGAUUUACUGCUGGUGUCCCUGAUGAUCUUCGAGACAUGGGCCAUGGCCAUCGUUUAUGCAGUGACUGGUGGCGGGAGCAACAUAGCCAGUGGAGCUAGCGUACUACGAGUGGCGCGAAUCAUGCGAGUGUUGAGGACCGCACGGAUGGCACGGCUGGUGAGAUUGAUGCCCGAGUUGAUGAUUUUGAUAAAGGGAAUGAUGGUGGCAUGUCGCUCUGUUUUCUUCACAUUGGUAUUAUUGUUGUUGAUCACCUAUGUCUUCAGUGUGGCAUUUAUGACAUUUGCUCGUGGCACGUCCCUUGAAAAAACCCACUUCAGUUCGAUGGGCGAUUCGGUCAUGGCCCUGAUCAUGAAGGGCAUUCUGCCGGACCAGGAAAGCUUUUUCCAAGAAGUCAAUGAAGUGAGUUGGCUGAUGGGUCUUUUGGUUCUGCUCUUUAUCCUCUUUGGAUCUUUGACGGUCAUGAACAUGCUGCUUGGCGUUCUCGUUGAAGCCAUCAACACAGUCUCCACCAUUGAGCGAGAGCAGUUGGAGGUGGAUUUCGCCAAGAAAGCCCUGUGGGAGCUCAUCAACAAAGGAGACGCGGAUGAAGAUGGGGACAAUCGAAUCUCCGAACAGGAGUUUGUGAACGUGUUGCAGAAGCCCCAGGCAGUGACAGCUCUGACAAGUCUCGGUGUUGAUGUAGAGGCUGCGCUUGACUAUGGCAAGUUGCUGUUUGAGGAUGGCGAGCCGCUUACAUUUGGCGACUUCAUGAGAGGCAUUCUCACACUGCGUGGAUCCAAUCAGACUACCGUCAAGGACAUCGUUGACCUGCGGAAGUUCAUUGCCGAUGAAUUCUCUCAAAGCCACGAGAUAUUGCGUGAAAUUUGUGGAUUCUUGUCUGGAGGACAAAAAAAUUCGACCCCAAUCCAGUGGCAGAAAAUACUCUAUUACCUCAACUGCAUCUUCGCAAAUUGUCCCAAAAAUCACUUCCGUGACAGCCACCUGACUUGCAGCGAAGACAUCUCCGGCUCAAGGACAAAGGCGUUCCGGUUUGAGUCACGCAGCUGA